AUGUUCCGUGCAGCGUCUGUGUUUUACAAGGAGUGCGCAUCACGCCUUGCGAAUGACGGCACGGAGUGGGCCUUCAUUCCUCCUGGAGCUCCUCACUUCGGUGGACUUUGGGAGGCCGGCGUCAAGGCGGUCAAGUACCACCUGAGGCGAGUCGUCGGAGACGCCUGUCUCACCUUCGAGGAGAUGACGACCUUGUUGGCGCAGAUCGAGGCAUGCCUCAACUCCAGGCCGUUGUACGCGCCCAGCAACGACUCCUCGGACCUCGUGGCCAUCACUCCAGGUCAUCUUUUGGUCGGGGAACCCUUGACGGCCUUACCGGAGCCCGGGUCUACCGGGCAGCUUUCUGGACGCUUUGCGACGCGCUGGGCGUUGACUACGGCCAUGCGCGACCAUUUUUGGCGCAGAUGGUCGGGCGAGUACGUCCACCAUCUGCAACAGCUAAAACGCUGGAGGCGACCAUCUCCCAAUCUGUCCGUGGACGACCUCGUCCUUCUCAAAAACGAGCUGCUGCCCCCGACGAAGUGGGCUCUCGCUCGCGUGGUCGCGCUCCAUCCGGGGCCCGACGGUCUCGUCAGAGUAGCUACCAUAAAGACCGCGACAUCUACUCUGAAGCGACCGAUCACGAAACUUGUUCCUCUGCCCGUGGGCGAGGACGCCUCUAGGAAUUGA